UUGUUGACAUGGGGGCGGCCGAAAGAAGAAACAAUAAUUGGUAAUUCAGAAUACCAAAGUGGCUCAAACGAAUUUCUUUAAGAAUCAACCAUCAAUGUUCGUUGUCAUCUGAAUCUCCAAGAUGGCUCUCGACAAAUUAUGGAAGUUACCAUCUUUGACAAGAAAAAUUACCUUUUCGGGCAUGUUCAACUCAACAAUCAACACAAGAUGACGCAAUUGUAAAUAAAAACUUCAAUUUGACGGGAAAAAGGGAUUUCUUUGCCGUUUCAUAAGUUUUUGACUAUAUAGUUGGAGUGGAUUAAUAUUCUUGGAGACUUUGAAACAUGUAUGUGUUGGAGAGUAAAGGUGGUGCUAUAGCAUGUAUGCUUUUAGCGCUUUUCUUUUUGGGAACAUGGCCUGCACUCUUGACUCUCCUAGAACGGCGGGGCCGUCUUCCUCAGCAUUCGUACCUCGAUUACUCCAUAACAAAUUUUUUGGCUGCUGUAAUUAUUGCUUUAACCCUUGGUGAGAUUGGAAAGAGCUCAGAUGAUAGUCCGAAUUUUAUUCAGCAACUUUAUCAGGAUAAUUGGUCUUCUGCCAUGUUUGCAAUGGCGGGUGGUAUAGUUCUGAGUCUAGGAAAUCUCUCUACUCAGUAUGCUUUUGCUUUAGUUGGUUUAUCGGUUACAGAGGUGAUCACUGCAAGUAUAACAGUUGUUAUAGGUACAACCGUGAACUACUUUCUUGACAACAAAAUUAAUAAAGCCGAGGUACUUUUCCCUGGUGUUGCUUGCUUUUUGAUUGCGGUAUGUCUCGGUUCUGCUGUUCAUUCAUCCAACACAGCUGAUAACAAAGCAAAACUGGAUACAUUGUCCACCGAUACAGAAAAAGGGUUGAAGACAACUAACGCAGCUUCAUUUUCAAACAAAGACUUAGCAAGUGCCGAUUAUUUUUCACUGAGGGCAAAAGCUGGGACUGCGGACUUUCUCGUUGAACUUGAGAAUAGAAGAUCCAUUAAGGUGUUUGGUAAGAGCACAUUCGUUGGACUGUUCUUAACUUUCUUUGCUGGUGUUUGCUUUUCUCUCUUCUCACCGGCGUUCAACUUGGCGACAAAUGAUCAAUGGCACACUCUAAAGGAAGGUGUCCCACACUUGAAUGUUUAUACCGCGUUUUUCUACUUCUCGGUCUCUUGUUUUUUCUUAGGUGUCAUUCUUAACAUUGCCUUCCUCUACUGCCCUAUACUUAACUUGCCCAAAACAACACUCAAGGCUUAUGUAAAUGACUGGAAUGGUAGAGGAUGGGCCUUGUUGGCUGGAUUCUUGUGUGGAUUUGGCAAUGGCCUUCAGUUCAUGGGUGGUCAAGCUGCUGGCUAUGCGGCUGCAGAUGCUGUACAGGCACUUCCACUUGUGAGCACAUUUUGGGGAAUUCUUCUAUUUGGAGAAUACCGUAAAUCGUCCAAGAAAACUUAUGCUUUGCUCAUCAGCAUGUUGUUUAUGUUUAUAGUGGCUGUUGGUGUUCUAAUGGCUUCAGCAGGACAUCGAAAGCAAUAAUGUUGCAAAAUCUCUAAAAACACAUUUUUUCAGCUACUUAGAAUGAAAUGGCAGCUGCUCGAAGUUCUUAUUGGUCGUGGAGAACUUAUAAUUCGUGACAGGAAAAGUGGAAAAACAGUUAUUUCUUUUGAUGGCCUCGUAAACCAAAAUGUAAGAAUGCAACGACCUCACCUCAUUGAAUAAUUUUUUUAGUCUCGUGAUAGCGAUGGCGUAGUUUGAAUUAGUUAAAUAAAUGUAACACAGUUUGUUAUUUCUACAUCCAUGUAAUAAAGUUAUCGACCCUUAACCUUAUGAACAUUGUACAUACUUCACCCAACAAAGAUGGUUUGUUUUCUUCUU